GGGCGAUGUCUUGUCGAUCACCCCUCUCCUUGGCUCGAAGGAUGGUUGUUUCCGAGUUGACGUCAUCCUUUGUUUACACCUGAAAGCCCGCGGCUCCGGGAUCGGGACUCGGACCGAACUCUGCUCCGCUGCUGCCUCAACAUUAACACCUCCCCGCCAGCCCACACCCCCACCCCACCCCACCCCACCCCCUUCUUUAAACACAGCCCCGGGGACCGCCGUUACAAUCCAUUCAUUCUUCAGAUUGGCACUUUUGUUUACCACACACUCCUCCCGUCAACAAAAGAAAAAAAAACACACCACCAUGUUAGCAGGUACAAGCUAAUGUGUUCGACCGAAAGACAGACGAGACAGAAAGAAAGAGCAUUAUCCACCACCGGCAGCACAGAGACAACGGGCAAGAUCAAGAUGCCGAGGCGCAGGGAGAGCUUCCUCUUGCUCGAACAGGCCGUCACGGUCGACUCGAAGGAGAUCGACGCUUUAGUGGCUAAAAUCGGCGAGACGUUGCAGUUCCAGCGGAUGCCCCACGGUACGAAACAGCACCAGCAGCAGCAGCAACAACAACAGCAGCACCAGCAGCAGCAGCAGAGUCAGCAACUCCAGUACCAGCAGCGGCUGUACCGCCAACACCAGCAGGAGCCCCGCGUCUCCGCCAAGUGCGGCCUGUGUUGUAUCGAGCGCUGGAAGGUGCCCAGUCGCAACAAGCCGUACAGCGUGCCGCACCGGCUCCGGGAGGCGGCGGCCAACACAGCCGAGAGCAGCCAGCACACCAUGCGCCCGUCCCCGGAGUGCGGUCCGCGGCAGCCCGCUCACCAGAAACUCGAGCAGCUCUUGUCCUCCGGCAAUCUGAUCAAAGAGGCGGUGAGGCGCCUCCACACCCGGCACCACUAUGCACACAUCUACUCCGAAAAGCUCACUCUGUAGCGGAGAAGACAUUGGCAACAAUCACCUACCCCCACCCCGGGCUUGUGGGGGUGGGGAUGGUGCAGAAUACAACCGGAGGAGACAGAAAGGGUGAAGAGAGAAAUAAAUCUACAAUUUAAAGCCCCAAUCAUUUCAUUAUUAGCAACCGUGGCUGAUUAUAAAAUAAAACACUUCGAAACGAUCACAACUCGAAUUGAUGCAGGACUACGGUGUGAAAUUUGAAAGCUUAUUUUUUAUAUAUAUAAUGUUUUGUCUUAAAGCACUGUAUGAUAUUCUUAGGGAGGUUAAUAAAACCCUUGGGAUCCACUUUUGCACCAGUCCUCUGACUACAGAGUUUUUUUUAAACAAACGAUCCAAGAUACAAAAGGUGGAUAUUGACUUUUAUUUUUUUUGAACGGGUAUUCCUGAGAUUACACGACAUAUGUUUACAGCAGAGAAUCGCACUGGUGUCUGGUGCUUGUUUUUUGAAGUCAAGGCACCACAAGGUCGUUAUCAUGCCGACCUGGAUUUGUUUUUUUUGGUUUCUCUUUGGACUCUGUGUUUUGAUUGACCGUUUCCACAAAUGUUUGAAUUCCCCAAACCGUUUUAUCAGCGUUGAACUGAGUAACACAUGGCAGCUGAGACGAGACAACCCCUCAUUCCAACUGUAGACACAGUACACCAGGAAUUCCGCGAACUGUUUACAGUACGUGUCGUACCCCACGGGCUUUGGGACCUGGUUUAAUGGACAAGUAGGGUUAAGUACGCUGUUAUUUAAUAGUCAUUUAAUUUUAGCCACAAUCAAUACGUGUAUACUUCGUAACGGAGUAUUUUGUUGUUCCUGUUAUUCAGGAAUUGAUGUGUUUAAUAAAAUGAUGCAG